UAACCGUUAAUAUUGAGGGGUUAAAUUUGUAGUUCAUUCAAAUUAAUUCCAUAGCCUUAUUGUCAUUCAUUCACAUUCAUUCAUUCAUGUGAUCGAUCAUUGAUGAAGGCCGGAGUAUACCCGAUAAUUAUUUUUUUUUGAUUUUACAAAUUAUUUUUCUUUUAUUUUUGUCUUAUAAUGAUUGAAGGGCGUGCAAAUGAGCUACCCGAUUUUCAGGUCUUUCGGACGGUGAUUAAGUAUUGCUUAGUCAUUAUAAUCGUACCUGUUUUAUCGUUUUUCUUGGCAAAAAGUGUUCUCUUCGAUGGCAUUCUUCAUUUGGCACCAGUCAACAGCAGCGUUUAUUCGGCAGUAGUUGCCGUAAUCGUUCUUCACGUUACACUUGGAUUAUACAUCUAUAAAGCGUACGGUGAAGCGGAGACUCCAUCUAAACCAGUUAAAAAAGAUUAGAUACAUACUAUUGACUAAUAAAAACUCCAUUAUCACUAUAUUUCAAAAUGGAGAAACUGUACAUGAAAGGAGAACUCAUACAAGUCCACACAAAAAACUGCGAAGUAUUCGAAGGUAGGUUCUACGGGAUGACAAAUGACAAGUCUAAAAUAUCGCUGUACGACGUCAAGGAGUUGCCUCAAGGCGACACAAGUGAUGGUAUAUUCCAUUACUAUGACAAUGAAAUCAGGGACAUAGUCAAACUGCAAGAACCAACUGAACAAAAAAUACUAAAAAUAUCACAAAAGGAAUGUGAGGAAAUUAUUAAAGUGUCAAAGAAAUACAUUUAUAUAAAUCAAGUUGACAACACAUUUCAUGAAGCGAUGACUGAUUUGAACCAGUACAACUACAUUGCCCUCAGCACUGAUGGAGCAGGUAUGGGCAGGAAAUGCAAAAUGCCAUUUUUGGUGCUGUCUACAGUACAACAGAUCUACAUAUUUGACAUACAAGUGAUGCAAUAUCAUGCUUUUGAUGCUGGCCUGAAAAAAAUUCUAGAGAGUGAUAUCCCAAAAAAGAUUGUCCAUGACUGCAGAAAGAUAUCUGACUGCUUAUAUCACAAACACAAUGUUAAACUGAAAUCAGUAUUUGAUACACAGGUGGGUGAUCUCAUUAUUAUGAAAAACAAGAAAGGAUGCUUGCCGAGUAAGGUCAAAACUCUUUCUGAAUGUUUAAACACCUACCUUGGAUUGCAACAGAAUACUAUUGAUGAUAAGCUUGACAUAAUUCAGUGCACUGAACGUCCACUAGCAAUGAAAAUCAAGGACAGUCUUGCUAAGAAUAUAGCAUUUUUACAUCGGUUAUCAGAAAUAAUAAGUGAAGAAAUGCAACUGCCGUUUUACAGAGGUGUAGAAUAUUAUGUUGAAAAUGUGCGGUCUUGUGAUGACUUUAAGGCUUGGGAACUUUGUGGUAAACUCACCCAAGUACCAAAAGAUUUCAAGAGCGCAAUUGAAUAUUAAAACAUUCCGCUUCAUGUAGAAUAGAUGUUUGAAAAACGCAUUUUGUGAAAGUAGUGUUUUGGCUUUUAGAGUAGAGAAAAGCAGUAUUACAACUUUGUCCAAAUAAAAUAUAUAUAUUGUGCAAUAAUGUUAUUAUAAAUUUUACUAAAGUUGAAAUCUGCUUUAAUGAUGUAAUUCUGCUAUAUUUAUACUUAAUCUAAAAUUGUCUUGAUAAAUUAUACAAAUAAGCACAUUACAAUAAUAUGGCUUCAAUGAUUUCAUAUAUCUGUGAUCACUCAACAAAGUGUCUAAAUAGCUUUUUACACCAAAUGUAAAGUUGUUGGUAUUAUUUUUGUACUUAUGGAAUAAUAAGUAAAGGCACUAUUAAAAUAUUUAUGUAACUAUAUUGUAUUUAAAUUUCUUCAUCAUAUCUUAUAGAUGUAAGAAAAAUAUAACUUAUAAGAUUGAGCAUAUUUUGUGAGAAGGUUUAUAUAAAAUGGAAAGUAGUAAUGGAUGAUGUAGUUUUAAUCAUAAAUGUGUUUAUCUUGUAUGAGCCAGCCUCUGUGAAGUUAGAAGCAUUGCUUUUAAUAAACUUUUGUGCUUCAAA